AGGACUUUUAAUUUUGGUACCAUUAUAGCCAUACGCUACGUCUGUGUACGUUCCGGUGGAAAAAGAGGUGCAGUAACCGACCUUACCCGUUUAAUUUGAGUGACGUAACUGUACCUUUCUGUUGACAACAGGACUCGAGCUUUUUCUAGGCUCACCGUGCAGAAUGGCAGGGGCGGUGGGAAGCAGAGGGUGUUUAAAAAUCAGAGGUUCUCAAUUACGAGAUCUCCUCGACGCAAAGCACAACGUCCUUUUCGAUUGCGACGGUGUCAUCUGGAAUGGCGAAACGGUGGUGACAGGCGCUCCAGAGGUGGUGACACUAUUGAAACAGCAAGGCAAAAAGGUAUUUUUCGUGACUAACAACUGCACCAGGCCCAGAGCUAACUACGUGACAAAGUUUGCGCGUUUGGGGUUCACUGAUGUGGAUGAGGAAGAUAUAUUCAGCUCUGCGUACUGCUCUGCAGCUUACCUGCGCGACGUGGCGAAGGUGCAGGGAAAGGUGUAUGUCAUCGGUUGUCAAGGGGUUGUGAAGGAGCUACAGGAGGCCGGAGUUCCCAUAGUGGAGGAGAGUGAAGACGCACAAACAGGGACCAUUUACGACUAUCCAUUGGACCAGGACGUUAAGGCAGUGCUUGUUGGAUAUGACGAAAAAUUCAACUUCAUAAAACUGGCAAAAGCUACCUGUUAUUUACAAAACCCCAAUUGCCUAUUUGUAGCUACUGACCCUGACCCUUGGCACCCUCUGCGAGGUGGUAGAAUAACACCAGGAUCGGGGAGCCUCACGGCUGCCGUGGAAACGGCCAGCAGCAGGACGGCUAUAGUGAUUGGCAAGCCUAGCCGCUUCAUGUUUGAUUGCAUGGCAAGCCAGUUCGGCCUGGACCCAGCCCAGUCCAUUAUGGUUGGCGAUCGCCUGGAGACGGACAUCCUGUUUGGGGCUAAGUGUGGCUUGGACACCAUGCUUACUUUGACAGGGGUGUCCACCAUGGAAGAGGCCCAGAGCUAUAAGGACAGUGACGACCCAGAGAAGAUGCACUUCGUGCCAGAUUACGUGGUGGAAACCAUUGGCGAUUUUAUCAAAGCAUACGAGGAGGAAGCGAAGGAGGGCUGAAGUCUUGAUGGACAUAAAUAAACCGCUAAAGCUGUGCCUGUGCUUAGAAACUUGGACAUAUCACUGAAUAGUGAAGUAGUGAUCUGUAUUUAAGGUGGUGUUGUGUAGUCAUUCCUAAAAGGCCUCAUGAAUUCUGCAAUGCGUUGUUAGUCUUGCCAUAAGCAUGCACGGCAUUGUUCUGCAGAGACUGUGAGAUGGCAUGAAGCAUCUGAUGAACCUAUCACAGUAGGCACCCAUGUUUGGUGUUGCUUCGCAUGCUUAUGGCAGGUCUUUGCAAUGACACAUUCUCCAACAUCUCAGAGGGUUUUUUGAAUGAUGACUUCAAUAGUGUAAACACAUUAAAGCCUAAUCAACACAGUUCAAAGGUAUUGGCUUGUUGUCGAAACAGUUCCUUCAGUAACAGUGUAUGUGUUUCAUUAGUUGGAAAAUGUCUUCUUUCCUUGAUCACUGCUUACUCGUUUCCUCCAAAAAUAUGCAUAUGCAUAAAUGUUGUUCUGCAAAUGCAUACAGCAUCUGCUGUCCCAAUAUUGAAGGAAGUGAGCAAAGGUACCGUAAACUGUAACAUACACAAAAACAGAGAAUGGAAACACAACAUUUAUAUAAGUGUAUCCUUUGCUUAAGUUUAUUUUAGAAACAAAGUCCAUGCCCUUAAGCAUAUCAAAUGUGUAGUGCAAAUGACAUACACCUUUGUCUACAAAAAGAAGAAACGUGAAGGGGUAAAUUAAAGCAACAAUAUUUCUCAAUCUGGCAGUUCAAUCUACACAAAUGUACCCACACCAAUGAGCCACACAAUUAUGACCAAUGCUGUUGGUCCUUCAUUUGCCGCCGAAACAGUACAGACACGCUGACACAUGGAGCCAAUGCACUCUGUUGUGACAUUCCUCUGCUGUAUUAACUAAACGUAGUUUGUCCCUCCUUGGACCACUGUCUGUAGGAUACCAUGUCUGACCAGGAGCACACCAUAAGCUUUGGCUUUUGUAAGAUGCUCUGACCCAGUUUUCUGGCCAUGAUUUGGCCCCUGUCAACGUCCUUCAGGUUUUUACCCAUUUCUCCUGCAUCCAACAUGUUGACAACAAGAACUGAUUGUUUGUUUACCAUCUUAUAUACCCUGACCUCAUGUGCCAUUGUUAGAAGAUGAUGACGUUACUCACUUUCCUUAUGUGUAGUCAUAAUAUUUUGGCUCAUUGGUGUACAUACACUUUUAGAUCAAUACAAUUAGAUCAAUGUUUUUAGAAUGUUUUUCACAGUAGACACAUGAAUGGUGAAGUAUUAAAAUGGUAAAACAAAAAAUUGGAUGUUGUAAAAGCACCAGUGUAUGGUGCCGGAAUACAUAAGCAUCCCAAUAGUCCCUUAAUCUGCUUAGCCCUUCAUGUUGUCUAACCUGUCUUAAUUUUUGUCUAACUUGACAAGCUCUUUUUCUUAUCAAGGGUUAAAGAAAAUCAUCCCGAAAGGCCUGCCAUCCAUUCAGAACCAAAUGUACUUCUCUGUUGUCAAAACACAGAUAUAUGUAUUCUGUUAUGCCCUCAUGCCUCCCUUUUACAUAAGGCUUUCGACAUACUAUGAAAUGUGGGCUGAUUUGAUGUAGGUUAUUGUUGCAUCAAUGUUUAACUUCAGCCUGAACAUCUGUCCUGAUGUGUAAUUUCUUGAGAACAGUUGUGUGGAACUCAAAAUGCCACAAUUGUAUGGUUCCUGUAAGGACCCUUCCCAAUAGUAAAAACAAGUUUAGCUUUGUGCCAAUAUUGACCAAUCGUCAAUUGCAAUACUAACCCUAACCCCAAUGAAUCAGAUACUUGAAAGAUGUUGCAUCUUUUACUGUCAUUGAAAAUUGAAUUUGUUGUGAACAGGAUCAAUGAUACGUUGGAUAAUAAAUGCAGUAUCAUGUUAUAAAAUGGUGUAGCACAAGAAAUUUAUAAAUGCCAUUAUGGGUUGUUUCUAUUGCAGUAAUUCUGCAAAAUAGUUUGCAAAUAAGUGCAAAAGAGAUAGGUUAUUCAAUUAAGUUUCAAUGCAUUUUUCCGAUUAUAAUUGCAAUUUACUUGUUUUAGAAAGUAUGUGUGUUUUCUUGGGUUACAUUGAUAAUGGUGAAACACAAUAUGAUUGAUCAUCUGAGAGAAAUAACAUUUUGUUGUUACACUUAGCUAAAAAUUGUACAGAAAAAAAUAUUUUAGACUUGAAGACUACUUUCAUACUGAAGAUUAAUUACCUAAUUCAAUGAGGAAUGCCAAACAGUUCAGUGUGAAUUACAACAAUUAGACAUUAUGCAUAUAGUGAAUUAUGUUUGAAAUGUAUGACUGUAGUGCCAACAAGGAUUUGAUUUUUAAUUAAAAACUCCUGCUUUGUA